CACGACAGCAUCAAACAGACAACCCGGCUGGUGUCUGCAGACGGAGGUCGAGCUGCCUGCAUCAAAACCAGCAACAACCAACCUCUGGAUUAUCACUGGAGGAUUAUUGUCUGUGCAUUUUUGAUGAUAAACUGUGCAAAAACUAAGUGUCCAGCAAUCUUGUAGCAUUCACGAGGUGUCAGCGUGGUGAGUGUUUAGGAAAAGGGGAGAUUUCAAGGGAUUAGCCCAGAUUAAAGUUAUAACAGACAGUAUGGCAGAGGCCAAUCCACACCUGGAGGAGGAGUCGGAUGAAUGGAAGAAUGUUAAUGGAGGGAAAAGGAGGAGGACGCUGAGAGAGAGGCUGAGUCGUUGGGUAAAGCUGGAGGUGCAUGAGGAGGAGGAGGAUUGGGAGGAAACGGAGUACAGUGAGGAAAAGGAAGAAAAUGAAGCAGGCGGGACAGAGAAGGAAGAGGAAGGGAGUGAGCAGGAGGGAGAAGGAGAGAAGAAGGUGAUGGUGAAUGAUGUGCUGGGCAAAGAGGAAGAGGAGGAAAAUGAGGGAGAGAGGGAUGUUGAGGAGAACAAGCAGGUGGAUGUAAAGGAGGAGAGGGAGGUGACAAAAGCAGAGGAACAGGAGAAUAUAGGGGAAGUGAGAGAUGAUGAAGGCGACAGUGAGGAUAAAGGAAAGAAGGAGGUGAAAGAGGAGGAGAAAGAGGAGGAGAAAAAGGAGGUGACGCAAGCAGAAAUGGUUGGAAUUGAGAAUGGGAGGGAGGAUGAGGAGAUGGUUGAGAGAGAAGGAGGGCUGAUGGAAGCAGAGCGAUUGGAGGAAGAGGGAGAAAUGGAGGAAGCGAUAGAGCCUGAUGUGAAGAAGGAGGUGGAGGAAGAUGGCGAAGAGACGGAGGAAGAGCAGAUACAAGAGAAGGAUUACGACAGUAGAACAGAGGAAGAGCGUGUUCAGCAAAAUCAAGAAUGUGCAACCAAACAAAAUGAAGAAAACUUCUCAGACUCAGUUGAAUCUGAUGAAGAUUCUCUGCGGAUGGGAUCGGAGGAUGAAGGUUAUAAUUCUGAAAGAUUGAAUAAUGAAAAAAGAGCUGUUGAGAAACAAUGCACGGAUCCAAAGGAAGCAGAAGAUAGAAUCCUUGGAGUGUGGAAUGAAGAGGAGGAUGAGUGCGAGAAGCUGACAAAUGAGGAAGAUUCAUUCACAGGAUCCGGAGGAGAGUUUCAGGAGGAUCUAGAAAAGCUUCUUCUGGAGGAAGAAGAAGACUCAUCAGAUGAGGAGGAAGCAGAACUUAUAUCAUACAAAGACAUGGAAAGUAACGAUGAAGAUGUGGGGAAGGUUUACUGCAAAGACGAUUAUCCCACAGAUUUAUUUUGCACUUUGACAGAGUUCAGGGACUCUUCUCUUCUCACUGACCUAAAUCUGAGCACAGAGGCUGGGAAGAGUUUCCAGGUACACUCCCCUGUCCUGGCUGCUGUCAGCUCCCUUGUCCGAGAAAGCCUGAGCAAAAGAAAUACAGUAAACGAUCAAAUAGAAGAUGAUAAAAAGUGGUCAAUGUGUCUGGGCCCAGAAGUGGAUGCUGUUGGAUUAGAGGCAGUUGUGGAGUUUGCCUACUCUGGAUUUAUAUCCCGUCUGGACACGGUGGAUCAGAUAAAGGGUGCAGCUCAAACACUCGGCGUCCCAAGACUGAUGGAUCUCUGCAACAAGGAAGAGUCACCAACGACUGCAGGAUGUAAGAAAGAAGAAAAGAUCUCCGCUGCGGAGGAAAGGAAGAUCAGUCUUCAGUCCAUCAAACAGCUGUGGGUGGACCGGGUGGGCUGUGACGUCACUUUGGAAGGUAUUGGAGAAUCGCUUCAGGUCCACAGAGUCAUCCUGGCUGCAGGAAGUGAUUACUUCCGUGGCAUGUUUACCUCAGGGAUGAGAGAGUCCCAUCAGCAUAGUGUGACUCUCCCCUUCCUGUUGGCGUCUGAGCUGAAGCUUCUGGUCGGCUGCUCCUACAGCGGCGCUCUGCCCCUCAGCUGGAGGUGUGUCUUUGAGAUUACCAGCACCGCCCUCCAGCUCCAAUAUCAGCCAGCCCUCUCCUUGAGUCUCAACUUCCUGCAAGCAGAAAUCAAUCCCCUCUCCUGCCUGGAUGUGGCGUCUUUUGCUGAGGCAUACGAGAUGGAGCAGCUACUCGAGACUGCGAACGACUUUGUCCUGCGGCAAUUCCAAAAGGUAGCAUGCACCUUAAAGUUCAAGGAUCUCCCAGCCAAACAACUCCUCAAGUACUUGAACAGUCACUCACUCUGCGUACCAUCUGAGCUUGUUGUAUUCAAAGCAGUUGUAGCAUGGAUUCAAGCUAAGCCCAAGAAAAGACUCAAACUUGCUAAGGUGUUAAUGAAAACGAUCCAUUUUCCCCUGAUGACAUUCAAAGAGUUCAAAGAGGUCCAGUCUUUUAAUAUUUGGUCGGAUCACAGCCUGGCUGAGCUCUACGAAGCAGUGUUUGAGGAUUUCUGCUCCAAUGAGACUGAGCCAUUGAGUCAGUUCCGCAUAUAUCUGCCAAAGGAGAGUCUGGUCUUGAUUGGGGGUGAACAGAUCUCUGAAGACCUGACCACCCGCAGCAUCAGCAGAGAACUCUGGUUUGGAAAUUCCCUGAGGAACCAUACAGGGAUUAAAAAGGCCAUGGAGUGGAGACGGUUGGAAGAAAUGCCAGAGCCAGCGAGGUUUAGUCACGAGGUGGCGGUGCUUAAAGGACAACUGUACGUGUUUGGGGGCAAAAAGUAUUACGGCAACGGAGACACUCUGAAUUCUGUUUACAGGUAUGACCCCUAUCAGAACGGCUGGGAGAGCCUGGCUGACAUGCAGCAAAAGCGAUGCCUCUUCUCUGUGGUUGAGCUGGACGGACAGUUGUACUCCAUCGGUGGACACUGUGACGUGGAAUAUAUAGAAAGUGUGGAACGAUACUGCCCCACUGCAAACUCUUGGAGCUUCACCAGGCCCUUGGAUCUACCUCUGAGCGGUCAUGUGGCGAAGGUUUUACAAGGACAGAUCUUGGUCUCUGGAGGGUCUAACAGCGACUACGGGUGUCUCUCCUCCCUGUUUCGGUACAACCCAGAGACAGGAAGCACCUAUCUCGCAAACAUGACUAAACCUCGGGCUAAACACUGCAUGGAGACGCUGGGCGACCACCUCUAUGUCGCAGGUGGAAUCACCUCGGCUGAACCCGUGAACAUUGUCGACAUGCUCUCCUGUGAAGUGUACAAUCUGCAGACCGACACCUGGACGGCGUUCGCAUCUCUGAUGGUGCCGCAUGUCGGAGCAGGAAGUGCGGUUUUGGAGGGAAAGUUUUACGUGCUGGGUGGAUACAGCCAUGAGGAUUACACCGACACAAAUAUAGUCCAUCGUUAUGACCCCACAACGCAGAGAUGGGAGAACAUGGGCAAGAUGCCCGGGCCCAACAAUGACGUAGGAGUGUCUCUGCUGUGUUUGCCACAAGAUUUACGUUUGUAAGACAUGGUGAGAUAUAAUGUGUCACAUGUUGCUUGAGCUCUUCUGCUCGCCCUAUUAGAUAUCAAUCAGUCAAGGCUAAAGAACAAGAGUGAGGCCCGACCCUCUGGAAUGGUUUACCUGAGGAAUCAGACUUGAAACAUCUGUUUUCAAAUCUUCCACUGCCGAUGAGGGAAGAGUAUUUCCAGAAUAGUUUAUUUUACAGUGUAAAUGAGAUCAAUCUUUGAGCAUGUAAAAAGUAGGAUAUUCCUAAAUUUAUUUCUGGUGAGAUAAAUUCAGUGAAUUUAAAAGGUGUUGCAGUAAUAGAUGUGUUGAUGACAGAGGUAGAUAAGAAAUGAUUUCCAUGACAAAAAGUAUAAAAUAUUAAAAACAAAAGGGCGUUGUUCCACUUGUGAUCAUAGUUCAGUUAUCAGUGCAGAAUCAGCAGAGAAAAGAAAAUGGACAAUGUAAUGAGUUUAUUUGUUUUGCAGUAAUUACGCUGAACGUUGCCACAUAUUUUCAAUAAAAUUGACAGAAUAAUAAAAACAUGGAUUCAGUUUUUUUCAUCAUUAGAAUUUGCGGAGAGAACCGCAGCGUAAAUAUAUUGUGUGUG